AUGCCCUCUGAUUCCGACCAAAAGCCAUCGUACGAUGCAGGAGAGCGACACGAUUCAACUCCACCGCCAGAGAUUGCAAUCAAAAUGUCGCAGCUACACAAGCAGGCGUCUGGUAAACCGGACAGUCACGAUUGUGAGGACGAAGAACUCAGCAGCGAUGAAUCGACUACAUCCGACGGAAAUAGAGACAAGCAUAAUGUCCAGUCACAAACUACGACUGUUGCCAACAUUUCAUCACUGCGAGUUGCUCGGAGCGCUAAAAUGACAACCCAGACACCUUUUGCCAACUAUCGUCAGAUCCGCGUCAUAUCCUCACCCACUCGUUCUUACAAAAGGCACGGGACAUCAACAUCACUUUCUGAUCUCAAACGUCGACGGACCGGUCGAGCUACCAGCAAAGCAUACUCAAAGGACGCCUCUGGCAUGGGAGUAAGCGAGGAGCCGUCAUCAUCCCUCCCUACUACUUCUGCGUUUCUGUUGCCAAAGUCUGUAUUUGAAGAUCUUAAUGAUGACCAGAUCAACUAUGACGAUAAGCCAAUGCGCGUCGCCGACUUCACAAAAGCACAUGAUGAGCUCAUCAAUAAACAACUUUCUAUUUCGAAGCUCUUAUGCAGGCUCGUUAAAAAAUUAUGGGACAACCUGGAAACCAGCGAAACGAAGAUCAAUACGCUUACGAACAAGGAACCAUCAUUGGACAAACCCGCUAAGUGCGUUGCACGACUGGAAGUUGCCCUUGAAGAGUGCCAAGCAGCCGUGAAUAUGCAGAACAAUGAUUAG